AUGUCGGAGGCGGAGCAGGCGCGAAAGGCGGCCGUUGCCUUUCAUCUUCAGGAGCAGGAUGACUCCGUACUUUGUGCCUUUGGGCGCGACUUUUUUGACGGGGCCCGCAGGGGUGCGGCGUGUGGUGCCGUCUGCACGGCUUGGCUCUCCCGUCGGAUGUUUGUCAUGUUGCGGGAUGACUUUAGAGACCACGAGGCGAGUCUCCCACAGCAGUUGCGCCACGGCAAGUGGACAAUUUCACUUGGCUUUCGAACCCGACCGUUUUUGACGCUUGGCUGUAUUUCGCUGGCGCUAACGACGCUGAUGAAGUCGGCCAAGUUUACACUUGCAAACUACCGCUACCAAGAGUUUGUCGCGGACGACAUUGGGUUCACAUUGCUGGAACAAAUGUGCGCCGACUCACCGGAGGGACGGGAGGAACUUGGGCGAUUGCUUGAUGAGGCCUUGACAGGCCUGAAGGCGGGAGCCGCGUCGCCCGCGGACGGCGACGGGAAUGGUCGCGGGCCCCAUCACAAAACUCUUACGUGUACACUCAUGCAGGGGGCGUCGCCGCUGGCUGAGCGAGACCCCCCGUCCUUCUGGGAUGGUGCGGCGGUGGGUCUCCUGGGCUCUGUCAUGGACUGCUACCUGCCCUCUAAGCCGCCCCGCAGCUACUACGGCAUGCGGUGUGGGAUGGGGAUGUGA